GUUGCUUUGUCUCCCUCUCUCUCUCUCUCUCACUAUGAAGCAUCCUUGGAUUGAUUGAUUUCAGAUAGCACUCGAACACAAUCUUCAAAUGGUAAAGUUUGGAGCCUUAUCCUCUACCACCCACACCACCUCCUAUACAACCCCCACCAGAGAAAACAAGUUUCCCUCACCAUCAGCCAUGUAGCACCCUAACAAUGCACCAAGAAACACUCCACUUCCUCUCCGCCACCGCUGCCAACUCCUCCUUCCCAUCCUCUUUCUUCCAUCCAAAACCUCACCAUGGUUUCCCUUCACUUUCUCGCCCAAGAAAUCCCCAUUUCCCUCCCAUGUCUUCCCUCAAAGCAACCAUCUCUGUCCCACUCAAACCCCCCAAGACCCCAGAAACCCCCUCCAUCUCCUCCACAACUCGCCCACCACCCAAUUCCCUGUUCCAAGAGAAAAUGCUCUACCUCGACUCCAUCGGCCUCGACUUCCUCUCCCUCAUCAACCAACACCCUCCGAUCCUCUCCGCCCCUCUCUCUGACAUCAAAUCCACCGUCGAUUACAUGACUUCCCUCGGCUUCACAGCCAUCGAGCUCCGCCGCAUCGCCGGCAUGUGCCCCGAAAUCCUCGCCUCAAAAGUCGCCGACAUCGUCCCCGUCUUCACCUUCCUCCUCCGUGAGGCCCGCGUCAACGGGUCCAAUCUCAAGCGCGUCAUUAACCGACGCCCCAGAUUGCUCGCCUGCAGCGUCAAGCACCGCCUCCGCCCCACCCUGUACUUCCUCCAGAGCAUCGGCGUCUCCGAGGUGAACAAGCACACCUCUCUGCUCUCCGCCAGCGUCGAAGACAAGCUCAUACCCAGAAUCGAAUACUUCGAAAACAUCGGGUUCUCGCGCCGAGACGCGGUGUUGUUGUUUCGGCGAUUCCCGCAGCUGUUCAAUUACAGUUUGAAGGAUAAUUUCGAGCCGAAAUUGAAUUACUUCGUGGUGGAAAUGGGGCGGGAUUUGAAGGAGCUGAAGGAGUUUCCGCAAUACUUUUCGUUUAGCUUAGAGAAUAGGAUUAAGCCUAGGCACCAGUGUUGCGUAGAGAAGGGCGUGUGCUUUCCUCUUCCUGUGUUGUUAAAGACGAGUGAGGCACAAUUCCGUAAUGGAUUGGAGUUACAAGAAGAGAUGUUGUGGUAAAAAGGUGUUUUGGAAAAUUUGAUUUCCAAUGAUUCCAUUUACCAGCAAAUUGUCUUUCACCAAAUAAUGGAAUACAUAUUCAAGGGUGUUACAACCAACUAAUUAAUAGGAAUAACUAUUACAUUCGAGCUUCUUUUAUUUCCGGUAAUAAUUAUGAGUAAUGUUGCUUUUUAUAUACAUUUAUUAUACUCAUAUCAAUCACUUAAAAACAUGUCACGU